AUAGAUUGAGCAGAAAACCUGAGCUGUGAGGGAAGUCAACGCGAUUUAACAAAUAAAGACAUGUUCUUGGCGUAAUACUGAAUUUUAAAUCCGUCUUCGAUCCUGAUAAAGUUACAGGCAUAUCAGCAGAGUACUUGGAGUUCCUCGGGUCCUUCUCCUCUAGUGUCAUUUGACGCUUCAAACCAAAACAUUUAUUAGAGGAUGUCCCAGCAGUAGUUAUCAUCUGCUGUUAUUAAAUGUCAAAAACAGACCGUUAACUCAGCAUCUCGAGUACAGAAUUACUUUUGAGGCUUCCUCGCAAUACCCGGAAACAUAGAUGUGACAUCGGAGGAAGAAGAGCCUCAUCGUCAGAGCAGAAAAUCUAGAGUCGCGUCAUCAUUUCCGGGCUCCCGGUCAUCGCCGGUAGAGUGGAUCGGGACGCAGGAGCGCGGGGGACAGGGAGCGGAGCGGUGUCCGUGUCCAUACCGAGACUGCGGGACGACAGCAUGGCCGCCGGGAAGGCAGCGAGCACACCGUCUCUCUGGCAGAACGAGCGGCUCCGGUUCAUCGUGUGCUUCUGCGGGGUGUUCGUCUGUUAUUUCUACUACGGGAUACUGCAGGAGACGAUCACGCGAGGAGACUACAGCCACGCGGGGAAGAAGGAGCAGUUUCGUUACGCCAUCACACUAGUCUUCAUCCAGUGUAUCAUCAACUCCGCUUUCGCCAGACUCUUGAUUCAGGUUUUUGAGAGCUCAAAGCAGGACCACACGAGAAGCUGGCUGUAUGGCAUGUGCUCUCUGUCUUACCUGGGUGCCAUGGUGUCCAGUAACUCGGCCCUGCAGUAUGUCAACUACCCCACACAGGUGUUGGGGAAAUCUUGUAAACCGAUUCCAGUGAUGAUGCUGGGUGUCACAAUCCUAAGGAAGAAAUAUCCCAUGGCGAAGUAUCUCUGUGUGUUUCUAAUUGUCACCGGGGUCGCUCUCUUCCUCUACAAACCCAACAAAGGCUCCAGCACAUCAGAUGAACACACAUCUGGUUUUGGAGAGAUGCUACUGCUGCUGUCUCUGACUCUGGAUGGGCUGACCGGUGUAGCUCAGGACCACAUGAAGGCACGGUACCAGACAGGAGCCAAUCACAUGAUGCUGAACAUCAACAUGUGGUCCACUCUUGUCCUCGGAAUAACUGUGCUUUGGACAGGGGAGGUGUGGGAGUUUUUGUCAUUUGCUGACCGCUAUCCUGGCAUCAUCUAUAAUAUCCUCCUGUUUGGUAUCACUAGCGCUCUUGGACAGACUUUCAUCUUCAUGACUGUGGUGUAUUUUGGGCCGCUCACCUGUUCCAUCAUCACAACCACACGGAAGUUCUUCACCAUCCUGGGGUCUGUGCUGCUGUUUGGGAACAUCAUCAACCCUAUGCAGUGGUUUGGUACCAUCCUCGUCUUCCUCGGCCUUGGACUGGAUGCCAAAUUUGGAAAGUCUCCUAAGAAGACGACAUACUGAAGACUGGAACCCUGUGUGUGCCUGCGUUUGAACCCCUGAAACAAACAUAGACAUUUACUCUAAAACCUUUACCACACUAACUUCAUCAUUGGUGUACUUAAGAGAUGACGUUUUAGCACUCAAAAUAUUGUUAUGCUGAUGUUUGGAACAUUUAAUUAUGGGUUAUAUUUCCCCAUCAUUUAGCAAAAUGGUAUCCUUGGAAACAGAGGAACAGUGCUAAU